AACAUCGUCUGCUACUUCGCAAAACAAUACAAAAUAAAAUCACUUUACUCAUUUUGCAUUCGUUGUGUGUUGUGUUUUGGUUUAACAAAAACGAUAAUAAUAUGUUAGUGUAAUAUAAAGUGAAAUUAUUACUUUUAUGGAAACCUGGAAGUGAUUAGUAGCUAGCUUUAAUCAUAAUGUAGCACUAAGUCAAGUUCCGAAAUCCAUUAUCCGUAAAUAAAUUAUUGAUCUUUUAUUGUAUGAGACUGUAAAUAAAUAUAAACUCUAAGAAACAUGUCAGUGGUAAAAGGGAAGCUUGUUAAAAUGGAAGUUGUCCAAGUGGGUGACUAUGAAUUCACCAAGCAAGAUAUUAUUGGACAUGGAGCCUUUGCUAUGGUGUACAAAGGAAGGAAGAGAAAGAAUCCGUCACAAUCUGUAGCUGUUAAAGUGGUGACCAAGAAAGGACUUCAGAAAGCUUCAGAGAUUUUGGUGAAAGAAAUUAAGAUCCUCCGCGAACUGACUGCCCUCCAUCAUACCAAUCUGGUCGCCAUGCACGACUGUAUGGACAGCACCUCCUACGUCUAUGUAGUUAUGGAGUACUGCAACGGGGGAGAUUUGGCGGACUAUUUGCAAGCGAACCGUCUGCUCAGUGAAAGUACCAUUCGACUGUUCCUGAGACAGCUGGCUGAAGCGAUGCGCGCCAUCCACGCCAAGGGAAUAGUGCAUCGAGACCUGAAGCCUCAGAACAUCCUCCUCACACACAACGUUGCGCCGCCACGCACUCCUCAUGCUUCGGAAAUAACCCUCAAAAUUGCUGAUUUCGGCUUCGCAAGGUUCCUUGAAGAAGGAAAUAUGGCCGUCACGCUGUGCGGUUCCCCGAUGUAUAUGGCGCCAGAAGUAAUAAUGUCACUGAAGUAUGACGCCAAAGCAGAUCUCUGGAGUCUGGGUACGAUAGUAUACCAGUGUCUCACUGGCAAAGCUCCUUUCCAAGCCACUACACCACAUGAACUAAAAGCAUUCUACGAAAACAGCGUCGACUUGCAGCCUAAAAUGCCAGCAGGCACAAGUCCUGAGCUCUGUAACUUGCUAAUCGGCCUGCUACGACGAAAUCCUCGCGAGCGAAUGCCCUUUGAGGCUUUCUUCAACCACGCCUUCUUGCAACGGCCCCGGACCACCUCCAUUAACAGUUUGGACUCGGAUCUGCCCGACAUUUUGGAGAGCGAUCUCGAGGGUCGACCCGAUACUAACUGUUACCUAGAGGAGUCAUGGGAAAGUCAGGGAGUGAGCGUGCCCCCUUCCGUGGCGGGCCCGGGUGGGUCGGGCGCAGUGGGCUCGGCGGGCCCUAGCGCGGCGGCGCGACCUUCCUCCGCGCCGCGCAGCUCCAACCCACCACAAGCGCAGGCGCUACCCACUCUUCAGACGUACAAGAAAUCACAGCCGACAUCCUCCGCCGAGUCGUCAGACACGACCUGGGCGGGCGAGGACGACUUCGUGCUGGUGGAGGCGACGGAGAGCGGGUCAGCGGAGUACUCGGGCGCGUCGUCCGGCUCCGAGGCGGCGCCGCGGCCGCGCUCGCUGGCGCUGGCCGGCGCGCCGCCGUCCGCGCCCGCGCCCACCGCGCACGUCUACACCGCGCCGCCGCCCGUCACCGUCAACAGGAAUCCACUCGCCGUAACAUCUAACAAUAACGUACCACGAUCACAACCCAUCGACGUGCUUCGAUCGAACUACAGCCGUAACGCCACCAACAUCGGCUCCCUUUCACCACCCACUGUUCCGUUCACGAUGACGCCGCCGUCGACCCGGCGCCGCAGCAGUAACUCUGGCAGCUCGCCGCCUCCCUCGUUGUGGCAAGUCUCUCCCACCAACGCCAGCCCGCUGCGCAGAUCAGUGUGGUACACAGGGUCGUCUCCGCCGGUGUCGCUGGCGCUGAAGGCGAGUGGCGAGCUGACGGGCGGCGGCGGCGCCAGCUCGCCCAAGCGGCAGGCGUUACCCGACGCGUUACUGCGCGGCAUCAAGCUACACCAGCCGCCCGACCCGCCCGUCUACAUACCUAACUUGCAGGAGGAGACCAUCCUUGCCGAGGAGCACAGCAAAGUAUUCUCUCAGCUGAACUUCGUGUUGAUGUUGGCGGAACUGCUGUCGGAUCUGGCCGUGUCGUGCGGCGCGCCCAUCGCCGCGCUCAUGGACGUCUCAGACGAGCGCUGCAACGCGCGCGUGCGGCUGGGGCUGCUGGUGCAGGCCAUGCAGGCGCUGGCGGCCGGCCUGCGUCUGGCCGCCGCGCACUACCGCGCGCGCACGCUGCAGCCCACGCCGCAAGUCAGGAACGUUGUAUCCCUCAUGAACGGAAAAUACAAGUGGAUUGUUAAUGAAUCGAGGAGGCUCCAUGAGGCCGGAGUUACCCCUGCUGUCUGCGACAAAAUUCUCUACGAGCAUGCGAUUGAACUGUGUCAAAUGGCGGCCAUCGAGGAGUUGUUUGGCGAUAUGAAGGAGUGUGAGCGCCGCUACAUGUCGGCGCAAGUAUUGCUGCACUCGCUCGUCCAGCGCCAUCCCUUGCACCCGCAGCAUCGCACCACGCUCUCCAAAUACCGAGACGCCGUGCAACGACGACUGAACUGCCUCAAGGGGCCUCGUAAAAUAAUGGAUGUUAAACUUGAGGCCGGGAUCUCAUAAUGCAACGCGCGACUCAGGCGUAGGAGUAAGCGGACGUGAUGCAACAUGAAAAGUGAUUUUAUUUUGUUCUCAAAAAAUGACUCGGUGAGAAACGAAAUACUGUAUAAUCAAAAAAUGUAUAAAAAUAAAAAGUGAAUUAUCAAUUAAAAUCAUUGUAUACAAUCGUUUAGCAAUGACAAAAAAUGAAUAUUACAAUAAAUCGCAAUAGUGAAUUAUAUUUUUUAUAUUCAGUACAUUUCACAAAGUUCUUAGUAGAUAUUAUUAGAAUUAUGUUCUAUACCUUAUUUAGCACGGCAAAACGCAAAACUAAAGUUUAAUAGAUACUUAUUUACCCACUAUGAAUUACAUCUAGUUUAGGAUGUCUGCUUACCUAAAUGAGGUAUAGUAAAAUAAAAAGAUGAUUCAAUAAACGCUUUGAAAUGAAUAUAAAUAUAAUAUUAUAUAGUUUCAUAGAUGUGUGUCUAGAAUUCCUUUAAAAUAAAAAUGGUUGUAUCAUUUAGUGAGGUUUGAAAUUUUAGUACUAAGCACUUUUCACUUGAAGUAGCAAACUGUUCUACAUAAAUAAUAAGAAAUAUACGAGUUAUUUUUUCCAGUCAUCUACAUUUUAGUGAAAUAAAUAGGCAUAAGAUAGAAAACGUAGUAUUGUUUCGAAUUAAGUCUCAUUAACGUUUUAUUAUUACCAACUUGUAGUUGAUCAUGUAAAAUGAAAAUUAUGAAGUAAUUAUGUCUCGGUAUAAAUAUAAUGCUAUAGAGAUCUCAUUGACGACCAAUAACAAUAUUAUGGCAUUUUUAGGCUAAGCUACGAAAUAUGAUUUGAAAGUAUUUUCCUCAUAAUGAAGAUUGUAUGAUUGAAUGAAUUUUAGUAUAUUUUACUCUCCUUGUUUAUUUUGCCCAUAUUGUGAUCCUGAAAUGUAUUUUCUCCUCUCAAAAUGUCUACUGCUUUACUGAAAUAAGAAUAAAGACUGUUGUAUUAUAAAAUUAA